AAAUACCAAUAUCGGGCUGUGGUAUUUGAAUCCAGUGUGGUGAUACAGCAGCUGUGCAGCAUCUGUGUUUUUGUGGUUAUAUGAUGGUAUAUGGAUGAGGGUCUUCUGGCCCCCCGCUGGGUUUUUGGGACUGGCCUGGCUUCUUCACUGAUUGGAUGUUGGUCCGGUCUCAGGAAGUGGCCAAGAAGCUGAUUCCAUCGCUGGGCACAGAUUCAGCUCAAGAGCUGCCCCCAGAGCCAGAUCAGUUUGCUGUUCUGCAUCAGGAUCUGCGUGACAAGCUAGCCUGGCCACAAAGGCUCCCAGACGUGGUUCCAGUGCAAGAUUUGCAACAGAAUCAGGCCCUGGUUCUGCCUCUUGGACUGAAAAGUAAGAUUCGAACCGUAGAUAGUGAGAGUUCAAAAGCAACAAAGUUUGUUGUUUCACCCCUAAAGAGAGAUCAAACUCAGCAUCCGCAGCUUGCCAAGAUUCUUGGAAUUCCACACCCAUUUGCACCCAAACCUGAGCAUCAGAAACAAAUCUUGCACAGUGAUAAUGGAUUUUCAAGUAUGGAUAUGGUUCAUCCUGAAUUUCCUCUGGAAUCCCAGAAGGACCCAGAUGAGCGUCUAGAGGCCCCUGAGCCAGCUGAAACUAAUCAAUUACUGAAAGAGACCCUAUCUCAAAACCUAGAGCCCCCUGAAGAGAUCCAAUUCUCUCCACCCCAGCAAGACCCAGCUCAGCCUCCACAGCCCCCUGAGGAGGAAGAACUUUCUUCAACUCAACAGGAGGCCCUUGAGGAGGUUGAAACUUCUUUAACCCAGCAGGAGGCCCUAGCUCAGCCUCCACGCUACCCUGAGGACAUAGAACCUUUCAAUCUGGCACUUACCAUAACUCCAGAACCCCCUGUGGAGGCUGAACAUUCUACAGCACUGAAGAAGGCUACAGCUCCACAUCCACACCAGGCCCAGACUCAGCAUCCAAAGUUGACACAAGUCACAGUUCAGCCUUUGGACCUGGAACUUACCAUAAUUACAGAACCUACUACAGAGCUGAAAUCUUCUCACACCAGGCAGAGGACCCCAACUCAGCCUCCAGAACCACCUAAGGAGGUUGCAGCUCAAUCUCCAGUGUAUCAAGAGGUGACAGUUUCAAAACCAGGUCAGUAUCAAGCUCAGCCACGAACGUCACCCAGUGUUGCAGUUUGGCCUUUAGACCUGGAGCUUACUGUAACUUCAGUAUCUACUACAGAGACCGAACAUUCUACAGUCCUGAAGAAGACUACAGCUCCACAUCCACAGCAGGUGCAGACUCAGCAUCCGAACCUGACUCCAGUCGCAGUUCCCCCUUUUGAUGUGGAACUUACUACAACUCAGCAUCCAUUGGACUCUUCUGAAAAUUACACCCCAGAAAAGAAUGCCACCAAGAGCAUCAACCUAUGUGAGCUCUGUAUCUGCAGAGACGAGACACUGUCCUGUACUGGUCUCAGCCCAGAGCAGAGGCUCCGCUGAGUGCCUGUGCUAGAGCCCAAGACCUACAACGGUACCUUCACCGUCAUAAAUUUCCAAGGAAACGCUGCCUAUUCCAUUGAUGACAAUGCAUGGGAAGCAUACCGCUGGACUGAGAUACUAAUUCUCAGUGAAAAUCUUUUGACUGAAUUACAUAAGGAUUCAUUUGAAGGCCUGCUCUCCCUCCAGCAUCU